GUGAGAACAUACAAGUGGGUUAAAUCUCUUUCUGACUGUAUGGAGAGCACCAUUUAUUUUUACAGAAUGGAAUUGGAUAUUGUAUGUAUUUGCCUUGAAUGCAAGUCUUUUCGACCUAUAGAGCUUCACGUGAUGUUCAUGAUGGUGGUCUGCUAUAGGCUCUCAGAUUGAGAUUAUGGUAGAUGUGUUUAUAGUCAACAGCGAGGGACAGACUUAUGUCAUGCUUCGCUCAUAGUGCUGAAAUAUUCCAUUUCACAUUCAACACAUCAAUCUCCGCCUUUAAUACUUGAAUUUGUGCCACCCAACCAUCUAUAGCGACCACUGUGUCUAUAUACAGCAUGUAUAUACAGUUGAACAUUUAUUGAUUGUUCUUUACUGAGGCACAAGCAGAACCUUUAUUGAUUGUUGUUUACUGAGGCACAAGCAGAACCUUGUUUACUAGAGUGUAAUUUUGCUUUCAACUAGUUAUUUCAAUUUGUAUGGAGAAAUAUAGAAGCCAAGUUUCUUCAUCUUUCCAGUAAACUGCUAAACAUAGAAGGACAACAGUCUCUAUUAAACUUGUAGUAAUUUGCAGUGACAAUUAUUUUCAAUACGAGAGUUGGAAGGACAUUUCAGGUUUCUUUUCUACAUUUAGAGGGGUGUUUCCUGAGUAAAAAACGAAGAGUUAGUUGAAUUAGUUGGAAUUAAUAAAUGCCUGGGUUUUGGAGCUGGGUUUUAUCAGCAGACAAAGACAAGAUGAUGAUGUGCACUUGCUCAAGAGAGCAGUUCAAACUAGGGGAAAUGCCUCAGUCCCCAGAAUCGUUUGCUACCAGGGACUUUUCUGCAAGUGGGUUUUCUUCGAGGACUGGAGAUGGUGAAGGUAGGCCUGAUAAUGGUAACAUUGAGGAAGCAGAAUCAUCACUACGGGAAGGAUUUUCUCUCAAUUAUGAGGAAGCCAGAGCAUUGUUGGGGCGACUUGAAUAUCAGAGAGGAAACAUAGAAGCAGCGCUGUAUGUCUUUGAGGGAAUAGACAUAAGCUCUGUAAUACCUAAGAUGAGAUGCACGAUUGCAAAUAGAGCGCAGUCCCGGAAAGGUCGGUUGCGUGGGGAAGUCACUAAUUCCAUGUCAAUGCAUGCCGUCAAUCUUUUACUUGAAGCUGUCUAUCUUAAAGCAAAAGCCCUGCAGGAUCUAGGGAGGCCAAGAGAAGCUGCUCAAGAAUGCAAGAUUGUUCUGGACACAGUUGAGUCCGCACUUCUUCAAUGCAUGCCUGAAGGUAUUACUCGUGAUUGCAAACUGCAUGAAACAGUGAGCAAAUCAGUAGAGUUACUUCCAGAACUUUGGAAGCAGGAAAGCUCUAUUCCAGAAGCCAUGUCUUCUUAUAGACGAGCCUUGCUUAAUCCUUGGGGUCUGGAUUCUGAAUGCUCAGGCCGGAUACAGAAAGAGUUUGCAAUGAUGCUCCUUUAUAGUGGUGUUGAAGCAGGCCCUCCAAGCCUUGGAUCACAAGUGGAGGGCUCAUACAUUCCUAAGAAUAAUAUGGAGGAGGCCAUAUUGUUGCUCUUGAUUCUCUUAAGAAAGUUUGCUCUGAAAAAAAUUCCUUGGGAUCCCACAAUAAUGGAGCACCUUACCUUUGCAUUGUCAACAACAGGACAAUUUGGAACAUUAGCUAAUCAAGUAGAGGAGUUAGUUCCUAGGAUCUACAAUAGAACUGAUAGGUGGUAUACUCUUGCUCUUUGUUAUAGUGCUGGAGGCCAGGAUGAGGUGGCCUUAAACCUGUUAAAAAAGUCUGUUAGCCGUAAUGAGAAGCCAGAUUUUAUCCCAGCGCUUCUUUUGGCAUCAAAAAUAUCUUGCAAAAACUCAAACCAUGAUAAUCUAGCUGUGCUUUUUGCAAAAAGAGCCUUAGAAAACCUAGAAAUCCUAGGAAGGGAAGGUAACUGCAUGAAAUGUAUUGCCAAUGGUUUGUUAGGGAGUGCCUUAGGGAAACAAUCUAAACUUGCACUUUCUGACACAGAAAGGACUCAGAUGCAAUCUGGGGCUGUUACUGCUUUAGAAAAGGCUAUAUCAACAGAGAAUGGAGAUCCUAAAAUGCUUAUGUGUCUUUGUUUGGAGAAUGCAGAGCAGCGCAAUUUAAAUGUUGCACUAGGCUAUGCAAGAAAGUUACUAGAGAUGGAAGGAGGUACAUCAAUAAAAGGGUGGAGACUUCUUGCCCUUAUACUCUCAGCGCAACAGAAGUACUCUGAGGCAGAAACAGUUAUUGAUGCAGCAUUGGAUCAGACUGGAAAGUGGGAGCAGGGAGAGCUACUUCGAACAAAGGCUAAGCUUCAGAAUGCCCAGGGAAAAUCCAAGGAUGCUAUCAAGACAUAUGGCCGGUUGCUUGCUUUAGUUCAAGCUCAAAAGAAAAGUUUUGGGAAUGGGAUUUGGAAGCUUAAGGGUUGGAGUGAUAGAGACCUAGAAUUGGAAGCCUGGCAGGAUUUGGCAUAUGUUUAUACAAGCCUAGAGAAGUGGCAGGAUGCUGGAAUUUGUUUGCAGAAAGCAAAUGCUCACAAACCUCAUUCUGCCCAAACCUGGCAUGCUACUGGGGUGCUAUAUCAGGCACAGAAGCUACACAACCAGGCAUUGAAUGCCUUUUCAUAUGCCAUAGCAACCGAUCCUGAACAUGUACCAAGCAUGAUAUCUACAGCAGAAAUCCUAAGACAACAAAGUGAGGUUAAAUCAUUACCUGUUGCCAGAACCUUAUUGACAGCUGCUCUUAAGCUAGACAAAACCAAUCAUAGAACAUGGUUGAAUCUGGGAAUGGUUCACAAGAUGGAAGAGCGUUUGCAGGAUGCUGCAGAAUGUUUUCAAACUUCUUACCUACUUGAACUGUCUAACCCAGUUGAGAGUUUCAAUACAGUCUAAGGUUACAGGGAUGUUUCAAUUCAGCCUAACAACAUUUCAUUGUGAUUUUCAAUUCAAUCUUAAUUAGAAUUCAUGAAAUGAGUUUGGUAAGUUUGCAGGGAGUUUUGGUUAUACUGAAUGUUAUUCACAUGUAUAAGCCAGCUCGCACACUUCACUUGCAGGGUCUGACGUUAACAAGUUCUCACUGGUGUGAUCAAAUACAUGACGAUUGAUUUGAUGAUUUUAACAAUCAUUGUAGUGGUAGAAUUGAUUUUUAACUCUCAGUCUUACAGCAGAUUUUGUAAUUUUUCCCUGCUAAUGCUGGUAUACCAGUAGUGCUAACAUAAUCCAUCUCUCAAUCAGCUGUGCCGACAUAAUCCAUCUCUCAAUCUGAUUGACUAUUGUAUAUUUACUCUUAUUGCGUGCGUCUGUGCAUGAUAUAUGUAGAUAUCUGUACAAUGAGACUGAAGAUUUCUCAGCAAUUGGGUAAUGUGUAUGUAGUUCUAUAUAUUUCCAAAUCCAUAAAACAUUAUAUGUUCUCGAGUC